AGGAAGAUCCCAGUGACGAUCAUCACGGGCUACCUGGGCUCAGGCAAGUCCACGCUGCUCAAUCGCAUCGCACGUGAGGGUAAGAGGAAAUUUGCGGUGAUUCUGAAUGAGUUUGGCGACACCGGCGACAUCGAGAGGGCGCUGACGGAGAGCUCGCUCACCGUCACGGACGGCCACAGCUCCUACACGGAGUGGUUGGACCUGGGCAACGGAUGCCUGUGCUGUACUGUCCGUGACAGUGGGGUCCAGGCCAUCGAGAACCUCAUCGAGAGAAGCGGAGAUGCCAUCGACUACAUUCUGCUGGAGACGUCUGGCAUAGCAGACCCAGCACCCAUAGCCAGCAUGUUCUGGCUGGACGAAGCCUUGAACAGCAACGUCUACAUCGACGGCGUGGUCACGGUGUUGGACAGUGGCAACCUUCAGCAGUGCCUGGGCGAUGUGGGAGGCCACUGGCACCGGAAGCACGGCCACGGCGACGUUGUGGAGGAGGGCAUCACCACAUCCCACCUGCAAAUAGCCCUGGCGGACGUGAUCCUGCUGAACAAGAUGGACUCGUUCCGCGGGGACAAGGCCUCGCUGCUGGGGGCAGUGAGGGAGAUCAACUCCAGUGCGCCCGUCUACGAGACCAAAUACGGCGAGGUGGACCUCGCCAAGCUCCUGGAGCUCCAUGCCUUCGACGGCAGCGCCAGGCUGGAGCUCCAGGACGAGGCCAGGGGCUCGUUCCACGACUCUCGCAUCUCCACCAUCACGCUGGAGUUCCCCACGCUGACGGACGAGCAGUUCGACCGGUUCGGAGUGUUCCUCCAGAAGGUGCUGUGGGAGGGCGAGGUGCUGGGCCAGCCCGUGGAGGUUCACAGGGCCAAGGGAGUGUUUAUCAAGACCAACGGCGAGGUGCUGGUGCUACAGGUGGUGCGCGAGCAGUACGAGUUCAUCAGUAUCGCAGCCACGGAGCUGCCGCGGUGCAAGCUGGUGCUGAUAGGUAAGAACCUGGUGAAGAAGGACUUUGAUGAGGAUUUCUGGCAGUAU